AUGAUCACCGGUCUUUGGUCCCAAGAAGAACACACCAAGUUUCUCGUCGCCAUUAAAGUCUACCCUCACGGUCCGUGGCGCAAGAUCGCGGCGUACAUUGGCACGCGCUCUAUUCGCCAAGUACAGACGCACGCCCAAAAGUACCACGAGAAGGUGGUGCGCCGUAUGCGCGGCCUGCGCAAAGGACGUCGGUCCUCCGGUCGUAAAGAGCACCGUAUUGACGAUGACUUGCUCGCUGCAUGCAAAGUCGGCGAGGGCUUCGGUAUCGUUCGACCCAACCGCAUUGAAGCCAUUUCUUCGUCGCCACAGCAGCAACCAACGACUCCUACUUUUGAGUUGAUGGUCCCGCUCUUGCUGGAUUCGAUGCCUGGUUCGACGAGUCCUGGUGGUGUAGACUCCAACGGCGUUGCUGACACCGUUAUCGAUACGGAUUUGGUAGCCUCGUACCAACUCCCGACGAUAGACGAGUCACUCGACUUCCUGAUUGAGCGCUUGUCCAAAGCGGGGAACGAGACUGCCAAGAUCGAACUCUGAAGAAGACGACAA